CUAGAAGAAGAAGAAGAAGAAGCAGGAAGGCGAAAAAUACCAGCGGCUGAACCUUGAGGGAGAGAAUCGUUGCAAUAAUGCCGAUGUUUGUAGUGAACACCAAUGUUGCCAGAGGUGAUGUACCGGCAGCUCUCCUGUCCGAGGCUACAGAGGAGCUGGCCAAAGCUAUGGGAAAACCUGCACAGUACGUAUCUGUGCACAUCAACCCUGACCAAAUGAUGAUGUUUGGAGGGAAGGGAGACCCCUGCGCACUCUGCUUCCUCUACAGCAUUGGCAAGAUCAGUGGUGCUGCCAACAGACAAUACUCUAAACUGCUGUGUGGACUGCUCAACAAACACCUGGGCAUCUCUCCUGAAAGGAUGUACAUUAACUUUAUGGACAUGGAAGCAGCCAAUGUGGCCUGGAACAGCACAACUUUUGGCUGAAAUGGAAGUCAAAAAAAAAGAUCAUUCCAGAAUUUUCCUACAGGAACUUACAACUGACUAAAUGAUGAGUUGAAGACAAUUGGUGAUCCACUUGUAGAAAUACUGACUACCUUAAAAGCACUUAUUCAGACUCUUUAGCAUUGCACUAUAACUUUCCCAUUUAAAUGCAAUAAAGCAAAUCCUAUAAACCAUAAA